UAGUGCUCGACGGGUAGCAGCAGAGCUUGCUGACUUUUUGUAUCUGUUCGCGUCAUCGUUGUCGUCGUCGUCGUCGGUGACUUUGGCUGAUUUGUUUCACAUGGGGGACAUUUUUCCUCUCGCUGGAAAACAUUAUUACCUCUAAUACGUACUUGCGGGUACUUACUUGUCAGCCACCACUAUUUUUUCGCCAUUGAAAGUUGUCGCUCGGGUCUAACCAAACGUCUCGAAGUCAAUAAAUAGACUGGAAAAGCGCGAAAAUUGCUCACACAAGUUCGGAAAAUCGUCGCAGUUAGUUUCAGAAGGUGAUUCAGAGAAGUGGAACUCGGAUUUUACGCCAUCUUUCGUGUAUUGUGUGUAUGCACUGUGUAAGCUGGUGGUGAGUUAGAGAAGAAAUAACCGAGAAGCGCAUACCAUCGAACGUGGAUAAAGUGUUUUGUUUUCAUCUUUCGUAUCGAAACGAUUGAAUGUGUUAGUGGUUGUAUUGCGUAUUCAUUCAGUGGACGGUGCAUUCGCAGAAAUACUCCAACAUCUACUUGAUAUCUUGGAUAAACUUCGCUUACGAGAAACGGAAGAAUCUUCAUCAAACCGCCGCCACAUUCGCAAUGGAAGGAAAGAGAGUGCUAUUUUGACGAAGACUUGCUCACACCAAUCCUUUAUCAGCGGCAGUGCAGUUUUUGUCAGACUUUCACGGCAAAUUCAGCAGUUAUAAUCGACGUUUCGUGCGCUGGCCGGCGUAUUUUUUUCUCAACAGCCAUCAGAAGUUCUAAUCCCGGAGUGGAAAUAACAACGAAAAAAAGUGUGAUACAAAAAAACGCUCGGCUUAAAGUCGUCAGCAAAUUGUGUGUUUUUGCAAGGUCAACAUUUUAAUACAUCGAAAACGUGGAGAUACAACGGAAAUAUCCCAAAAUAAGUGAAGAAUUAAUGUAAUAGAAGCCAUCCCUUUGUGCCAAUUUAGUGAUAUCAUCUACUGUUCAACAGUGAAAAAUCUCUAGUCAAAAGUGUACUCAUUCCCCGAGCCAUUUGGAAACAUCUCUGAUAACAGUGUGCAAAUCUAGCAAGAAUCUCAUAAAGUGUGUGUAUAUAAAACGUGGUGCAUUCAACGAAAAAUUCAAAAAUAGUAUAAUUUAUAGCCAACGCAAGUGCAAAGCAAUUAUUUUUACCAAAACAGCUGAGAGAAGCCAAAUGUCGAUCGAGUUGUAGCGCCGCCAUUGGGGAAGGAAGCCGGAAGCAAACGCGCCUGCAACAACUUGUUGUGUUAUUCAAGCCGGGAAGUUGAUCAAGUGCCAAUUCGCGAGGUGUGUGAGAAGUGUCGUUUACUGGCAGCCGCGCUCUGAAGUUCAUUCAUUAUUAGCUGCUACUGAUUGUUUGAGGCGCACGAAGACGACAACGUCUCGACGAUUUGCUGCAAUAAGCAACAAGUGGCUGCGCUAACGCCUCGCUCGGCUUGUUCCGAGUGGUGAAUUUCUCGGUUUUUUUUUCUGUGUAGUUGUGCCGAUGUUCGUAAGGAAUUGUGUGAUAAUUCAUUUUUAUGACACCACGGGUUAGAACCAGGAAAAAUAGCGUGGAUGCGCGUGUGUUUUGACGGGCUGUGCUUCGCGUCACGGCGACCGGCGGCCGUUGAGCAGGAGACGCAAACGGUCCUGUGCGGCGCAACCGCACUCGAUACGCAGCAUCUCGUGCGUUUGCUGAAGUACGCGAACUUCGCCGCGCCAACGAACGGACUCGGCCUCGCGUUCGGCUCCGCGGUCCCCCAGUCCCAGUCCCAGUCCGCUGUUCCGCAGUGCCAUAGUGUUGCCCCUAGCAAGCAAGUGCCGCCGUCGGGUGCGCCGUCGUCGCCGUCAGUUGCUUCUCACGGUUUCGCGGGAAAAGAGCUAAUUACUACUACACCGUCAACGCAUCUCGUCGCGUCAACCGCCGUCGGCACGAUGAACGAAAACAGUGGUGAGCUGGCCGCGUCCAUCGCAAGCCAACAAACCGCGACCCUCGGUCAGGUCGAUUCCGUCAACAACAAUCUCGAUGCCGGGGUUGGCAGCAUCAAACAGAUGGUCCUGCUGCAGGGCGAUUUUCAGCAGAACCUCUUCAUCAAUGAUCCCGCUGUCUUGAAUCUAACCGCACGGGAGCAGGAACUGCUCAAAAUGAUCCAGGCACGGGAUAUGCGCAUCCGCGAGCUGGAAGAUUGCGUCCGCCUCAAGCACGAGGAAGUGGCGGAACUGAAAAGUCAUCUGGACAAGUUCCAGAGUGUGUUCCGAACGAGUGGGGGUACCACGGUGGUUGUAUCACCAGGCGGCAGGAAAAUGGGCGCUCACGGAGGAGUGCAGCGGCAGCGUGCUCAGGGUAUUUCCGCCGAACCACAGCGGGACAUUUCGGUGCUGGAACUGAUGCACGUGGCGUUCCCCAAAUACGACAAGGAUGAAAGAUCUCGCGAAAUCAUCAAAUCCGCCAUCCUGGACAAUGACUUCAUGAAAAACCUCGAGAUGACGCAGAUCCGCGAAAUCGUGGACUGCAUGUACCCGGUGCAGUACGGCUCUGGCAGUCUGAUUAUCAAAGAGGGCGAUGUCGGCAGCAUAGUCUACGUUAUGGAAGAGGGUCGCGUCGAAGUUUCCCGCGAAGGCAAAUACCUGUCGACACUGUCCGGAGCCAAGGUUCUCGGUGAGCUGGCAAUCCUCUACCACUGCCAACGGACGGCGACCAUUACCGCAGCGACCGAUUGCAAGCUUUGGGCUGUCGAGCGACAAUGCUUCCAAACCAUCAUGAUGCGCACCGGACUCAUCCGGCAGGCCGAGUACUCCGAUUUCCUCAAGAGCGUACCGAUCUUCAAGAACCUCCCCGAGGACACGCUGUGCAAGAUUUCCGAUGUGCUGGAAGAGUGCUACUACCAGAAGGGUGACUACAUCAUUCGGCAGGGCGCACGGGGUGAUACGUUCUUCAUCAUUUCCAAGGGCCAGGUUCGUGUGACGAUUCGACAUCCCGACAAGCCGGAGGAAAAGUUCAUCCGCACCCUCGGCAAAGGUGAUUUCUUCGGCGAGAAGGCUCUCCAAGGGGAUGAUUUGCGAACGGCCAACAUAAUUUGCGACUCUCCGGAAGGUGUCACGUGCUUGGUGAUUGAUCGUGAUACGUUCAAUCAGCUUAUCUCGAAUCUGGAUGAAAUCAAGAAUCGCUACAACGACGACGCUGUCAACGAGAGGAAGAAGAUCUACGAAGAAUUCCGAGACGUUCGACUAACGGACCUGCGUGUGAUCGCCACCCUGGGGGUGGGAGGAUUUGGCCGUGUAGAACUGGUCCAACUUGCACAGGAUAAAUCAAGAUCGUUCGCUUUGAAACAGAUGAAGAAAUCCCAAAUCGUGGAAACUCGUCAGCAGCAGCAUAUCAUGUCCGAAAAGGAGAUCAUGAGCGAGGCAAGUUCCGACUUCAUCGUGAAACUGUACAAGACUUUCAAAGAUUGCAAGUAUCUGUACAUGCUGAUGGAGAGCUGCCUUGGCGGUGAGCUGUGGACAAUUUUACGCGACCGUGGACACUUUGACGAUGGUACGACCCGCUUCUACACUGCCUGUGUGGUGGAAGCAUUCGAUUACCUGCACUCGCGCAACAUUAUUUAUCGUGACUUGAAGCCGGAAAAUCUUCUGCUGGACGUGGCUGGUUAUGUGAAACUGGUCGAUUUUGGUUUUGCGAAGAAAUUGCAAUCUGGGCGGAAAACAUGGACUUUCUGUGGAACGCCAGAAUACGUAGCGCCAGAAGUUAUUCUUAAUCGAGGUCAUGACAUUAGUGCCGACUAUUGGUCACUGGGAGUGUUGAUGUUCGAGUUACUAACAGGUACCCCUCCGUUUACCGGAGCUGAUCCGAUGCGUACCUACAACAUCAUCCUGAAGGGUAUAGAUGCGAUCGACUUCCCGCGUAAUAUCACCCGCAAUGCUAGCGCUCUCAUCAAGAAACUUUGCCGAGACAAUCCAACCGAACGGUUGGGCUAUCAAAGGGGUGGAAUCAGUGAAAUUCAGAAACACAAGUGGUUCGACGGAUUUUACUGGGAUGGACUGCGGAAUCGUACCCUUCCACCGCCGAUCCAGCCGAAAGUGCAGAGCGUGAUUGACACCGCCAACUUCGACGAUUACCCAGCCGAUCCCGACGGUCCACCACCGGAUGAUCUGUCCGGAUGGGAUGAGGAGUUCUAAAUUUUAACGAAUCGAAAACAGUGGAUAUCCUCCAGGUUUUACUUUAUUUCAUUUUAGGACAACAAAAGGUUAGGCUUGACCCAAAUUGGCCGAUGUUCAAUUAGUCUUAACAUCGCAUAAAGACUUCGGCCGAAACAAAGACAAGUCUACUUGUAUGACCAUAGAUUUUAUGUAGAAUCUGUAAAUGAGCAAUUGAGUAUAUAUAGUACAGGAAUCUGACGUUAAAUCGAAUAUUUUACUGAGACAACGCGCUAGCAAAGAUCAAUGUAUCGAUACUACUACUACUAGAGGGCCAUUUUAGCAAAAUGGUGGACGAAAGAAACACGCUGUGUAAGAGCAAGAUCAGCCCUGUGAGCCAUAUUCGGAUCCGAUGGAGGGUAAUCAAAUCUCAUAACCGGUAAAACGAGAGAUAUUGGGAUCUAGAGAUCGAGGUCAGAAUGUCUUCCUAAUAAUAUGUUCUAACACUGAAACCUUCCUGAUAAGAACUAUUUAUCCUUCUAGAACUAAUUUGUCCCAUAAAAUUUUGUCUUACAACAACAAAAAAUCCUUCUUCACCGGCGAUGCCCAAUUUUCAUUUGCCGCAAUUCACUAAACCAAAAAAAAACUUCGCAAUUUCUUCGGUCUUUCACUGUUUUUUUUUCUCAAUUUUAACUCCCCUUGACUGUUAUUUUUUCUGUCUGUUUUGUUAUUAUGUAAUUUGAAAUUUGUAUAAAAUGUACAUAUAAAUGCUUCCUUUUAUAUUAGAGCUGAUUGUAGAGAAACAAGUAAUGUACGGACAAGCAAGUAAAUUCAAUUAACCAUGUUUUCCUGGUUUGGGAAUCAGGACCAAAAUGAUAACAAAUAAAUACACACUCGGAAAUGAUG